AUGUUUCACUCAACGAAGCCAUAUUCGGCCGUCACCGUACAAAUCGAGGUCCUUACCAGCGAACAGUAUGAGGUUGAAGACUGGAGUGGUAUCGUUGAUUUAAUCGAGGCCAUCCGCAUACAAGCCAGCGGUCCUAGCGAGGCUGCUCGUGCUCUGCGCAAGAAACUGAAGUACGGAAACCUCCACCGCCAGUUACGGGCGCUCACGAUUCUCGACUUCUUGAUCCAGAAUGCCGGCGACCGCUUCCACCGCGAAUUCGCAGACGAACCAUUGCUUGAACGUUUACGAAUCGCCGCUACCGAUCCAGUUUCCGAUCCUCUAGUCAAGGAGAAAUGCAAGCAGCUGUUCGGACAAUGGGCGGUUUCAUACAAGGGCACCCCUGGCAUGGAACGGGUCGCCAGUCUGUAUAAGCAGCUUCCUAAACGCAAGCAGCCGGCAACUCAAGCGAAGGCAAAGGUUCUACGGGAGGCCGAGAAGGCCGCCGAGCCCCAACUGGGACAUAGUGUAUCAGUCUCCGCCGGCAAUGGGCCUGCAACGGUUCUCAGCAGCCCCAAGCACAAACACUCAUCCAGCAAAUCGUUGAAGAAGGAUAAGAAGGACAAGAAGCUAUACAACCGGUCGUUCAACUUUGAGAAGGAGAAGCCGGAGAUGCUUCAGACGCUUGCUUCCUCCUCCGUUGCUAGCACGAACCUUCUUAAUGCUCUUAAACGGGUCAACCGAGAAACACAGCGAGUGAGUGAAGACGCGGAGGUCCUCAACAGAUUCGAGACAUGCAAACAAUUGCGCCGUCAAAUACUCCGGUACAUCCAGCACGUAGAGAGCGAGGAAUAUCUGGGCAGUCUAAUACACUCUAACGAGGAGCUGGUUUCUGCACUCAUGGCAUUUGAGGUUCUGGACAAGAGCGUGGACUACGACAGUGAUAGUGACCAGGACGUUCUGGAAAGCGGCUGGACUCCUGAUCGCGAAGUCAACGAAUCCUUUGCCGGGUUGGCCAUCAACCCUCCCAAACCGCCUCGACCUACACGGCCAUUGAGCAUCUCAGUACCUUCAUCCUCCAGGCACACGCCGGCAUAUGAUACGGAGAGUGAGUCGGAGUUCGAACCUGAUGAUGAUGAUGAGAACAACCCCUUCGGGGAUCGCAAUGCAAUUUCGACUCCCGCUGUGGACAAGUUCGGCCGAACUGUGAAGGAAGUGUAG